AUGGUAGCACCUGUCAUGAAGUCUCUCUGUGAUCUAGCCAAAUUGGUGUCAUUGGAUCUCUUAAAUCACAAUCUGGAUGAUACAGCAGCAUUAUGGGGAAUGCAUUUAAAGGAGCUCAAGCCCCUGCAGAGACUGUACUUGAGUAGCUGCUCAUUGAAUGGACAGGACAUGAUACAUGUUGCUGAGUCACUCAAGGAUCUACCCAAUUUUGCUGGAUUGGAUGUUUCUUGUAAUAACCUUGGUGGUACAGCAGCAUCAUGGGGAAUGCAUCUGAAGGAGCUCAAAGCCCUGCAGAGGCUGAACUUGAGGAACUGCUCAUUGAAUGGACAGGACAUGGUACAUGUUGCUGAGUCACUCAAGGAUCUACCCAAUUUCGCUGGAUUGGAUGUUUCUUGUAAUAACCUUCGUGGUACAGCAGCAUCAUGGGGAAUGCACUUGAAGGACCUCGAGCCCCUGCAGAGGCUGGACUUGAGGGGCUGCUCAUUGAAUGGACAGGACAUGGUACAUGCUGCUGAGGCACUCAGGGAUCUACCCAAUUUGGUUUCAUUAGAUGUUUCUGGUAAUAACCUUGGUGGUACAGCAGCAUCAUGGGGAAUGUAUCUGAAGGAGCUCAAACCCCUGCAGGAGCUGGACUUGAGUAGCUGCUCAUUGAAUGGACAGGACAUGGUACAUGUUGCUAAAUCACUCGAGGAGCUGCCCAACUUGGUUACAUUGGUUGUUUCUGAUAAUGCAGACCUGGCUGGUACAGCCACUUCAUGGUGCUUGCCUUUGAAACAUGCAAAGGCCCUGCGGGACCUGGAGCUCUACAGCUGUGAGCUGACAGAAGAGGAUAAGAAACACCUUCAUGGUGCACUGGGUAACCUAGAUGAAAUGUUCUAA